GUCAGGAGAUUAAAACUCGCCGUGAAUCUGCGCGUUUCUGAGGCUCCAGUCAAAAUGCCGGGCGCGGAUAAAGAGACGGAGCUGUCCGAGCGUAUCGAGUCGUUUCUGUCCGAGCUAAAGCGCUGCGGCAGCGGGUCAGGAUCUCUACGGGGCUCGGUGGAGACUGCCCGGGAAACGAGCUCUUUACUCCGCAGAAUCACCGCUCAGGCCCGCUGGAGCAGCGCAGGUGAACUGAUGGAGAUCAUCCGGAAGGAGGGCAGGAGGAUGACAGCAGCUCAGCCAUCUGAGACCACAGUCGGUAACAUGAUCCGCAGGGUGCUGAAGAUCAUUCGAGAAGAAUAUGCCAGGUCCAGAGGCAGCAGCGAGGAGGCGGAUCAACAGGAAUCUCUGCACAAGCUGCUGACGUCUGGAGGAUCCAGUGAAGACAACUUCAGACAGCACUUCGCUCACCUCAAAGCCAACGUCAUCGAAGCCAUCAAUGAGCUGCUGACAGAGCUGGAGGGCACCACAGACAACAUCUCCAUGCAGGCGCUGGAGCACAUUCACUCCAAUGAGGUGAUCAUGACCAUCGGCCGCUCCAGGACUGUGGAGGCUUUUCUGAAAGACGCGGCGCGCAAACGCAAGUUCCACGUCAUCGUAGCCGAGUGUGCGCCUUUCUGUCUAGGGCAUGAAAUGGCCACAAGUCUUUCCAAAGAGGACAUCGAAACAACAGUCAUCCCAGACGCCGCCAUCUUUGCUGUAAUGUCACGAGUCAAUAAGGUGAUCAUCGGCACACAGACGGUGCUGGCGAACGGAGGCCUGCGGGCGGUCAAUGGCACACACACACUGGCUCUGGCUGCCAAACACCACUCCACUCCUCUGAUUGUCUGCGCGCCCAUGUUCAAGCUCUCGCCGCAGUUUCCCAAUGAAGACGACACCUUCCACAAGUUUGUUUCGCCGCAUGAAGUGCUUCCCUUUACUGAAGGUGAAAUCUUGUCUAAAGUCAACGCUCACUGUCCGGUGUUUGACUACGUUCCUCCUGAGCUCAUCACGCUGUUCAUCUCCAACAUCGGUGGACACGCGCCGUCCUACAUUUACCGUUUAAUGAGUGAACUUUACCAUCCUGAAGAUCACGAACUUUAGACUGCAAAAUAAAGACGUCUGGCAUUCAAAACAUCUGAGAUUUGCGAAUUCAGUAAAGACAACAUUCAUUUUG